AUGCGUGGACCACGUUCGUCGAGUCCUUGUCCUACAAAGUAAUAAGUUGAGAAACUAAAACUAUUGUAAACAGCGAUUAAGAAACGGACCACAAAACCAGAUUUUAUAACUACCUACAGAAUUCAUAUUAUAUUAUCAAGUAAGAAAUUCCUCAAGUUAAUAGUUGUGAUUGGGUUUAUUAUCAUUUCUUUUUUAUCAUUUACUAAAUAAACAAAAGAAUACAUCAUAAUUAAUGAAUCUGAAAUAAAGUUGCAUAAUUCCUAAGGCCAUUCAUACACAUUAGGCCCAAAUGCUUUUUUCUAUGUUAAUUAUUAUAUUUACAAUAGAAUAUCACAUUAAUGUAAGCAAAAACCUUAUUUAAAAAUGAUUUCACUUAACAAAUAAAUGUAGAGAAAUGCAAAUUGUCUUUUAUGGAUGAAAUUCCUGUAUAUUACAACUUCAAGGAAGCAUAUCCAUAAUGCAAUCAUCUAGUUUACAAUUAGGGAAAUUGUUCAUCAUCUUAUUCUAUUGCUGUUUCUUCUUCAUUCUCAGACAGAGUUUGCAAAUAAAAUUAAACUUAAUAAUUAUCUGCUCAAAAUUUACUAUCUUGUGAUGGUAAAUUAAACUUGGGGUGCAAAGGAGGACAUUUAACAAAAUCAGCUGAUUAUAUUAUAAAGCAUGGAUUAACAACAAAUGAAUGUCAUCCUUUUAAAGGAGAUGAUACAUUUAAAGAGUGUACUAACGCCCUUGGACAUUGUUAGAGAUAUAAAGCAGAGUCAUAUUGUUAGUUAUAGACGAAAGACGUAUUAAUAUUUAUAUAAUAGGAUAUCAAAAGAGAUCUGUUAAAUAAAGGACCAGUAGUUGCUAUUAUCCCAGUUUAUAAAGACUUUUUAAUCUAUAGAGAUGGAAUUUAUUAAGUGUUGGAAGGGUAGCCUCAUUUUCAUGGUGGCUAAGCAGUGAAAAUUAUAGGAUGGGGCGAAUAGAAUGGAUAAUAGUAUUGGGUUAUUGAAAACACAUGGGGAGAUACUUGGGGAACGAAUGGAUUAGCUAAAUUAGCCAUUGAUAGUUUUUCUGAAAUGGCCUAAUAAGCAUUAUCAAUAAAUUAUUGA